AUGAGAUUCAAACGAACAGGAAAUAUUGAGGACUUGAACCGAGGCAUUCGCAGCGCAGAGCAAGCGCUGGCGGCUACUCCUGAAGGGGAUCCGAGACACGCAGCGAGGCUGAAAAAUCUGGCAAUCAAUCUUGAAAUCCGGUUCAACAGGACUGGGAACCUACAAGACCUGGAAGAUGCCAUUCAAAAUACUGACAAAGCCAUGCAAGCCAUGCCCAAUGAUCACCCUGACCUGGAGAAAAGAUUUCAGGCCUUUACUGAAAUAUUCAGAGGACGAUUUAAGCGAAGUGGUAGAAUGGAAGACUUCGAGAUUGCAAUUCGAUUAACGGAGGAAGCACUUCAUGCCACAGCGAGAGCCUCCGAUCAUCUCAACACACUAAGCAAUAUUUGGGACGAUCGAUUUCAGCAGACAAAAGAAUUAAAAGAUUUGGACGAAGCAAUUCGCAAAGGGCGUGAAGCGGUACAAACUUCACCCAAAACCGAUCCACAACACCUGCGCUGGCAGCACAAUUUAAGCUUACUACUGCACAAGCGAUAUCAGCAACUUGGACGGGUGGAAGACUUGGAAGAUUGGAUUCUCAACGCCCAGGAUGCAGUGGAUGCGACUCAAGAAGGAGAUAGAACCCAGGGAAGUAUAUUUCAAAAUCUAGGGGCAGCCCAUUCGGACCGUUUCAAACGGUUCGGGAGAAUCGAGGACCUAGAAGCCGCCAUCUCCUUGGGACGAAGAGCAUUACAAAAGGGUAAUGGGGAGUCGUUCGUAUUGACAGACUGUUUGAAUAAUCUGAGCAUUGACCUUGCGCUCCGGUUUGGGAGAUUCGAGAAAAUAGAGGACCUGAAGGAAGCUAUCCGGAUCGCAAAGCAGGCACUGGAUACCACACCUCAGGAUAGCUCAAAACGAGCGAGAUUGUUGAGCAACCUUGCGACUAUGUUUUCAACUCUGUUUGAAACGACAGGAAACCUAGAUGAUGUCGAAGAGGCUCUUGCCAACGCCAGGGAAGUUGUGAAUAUCACUCCUGGAGACGAUCUACAACUAGCACACAGAUUGAAUAGCUUAGGUGGUCGAUUGCUCGAACGUUUCGGCAGGACGGGAAGGAUAGAAGAUCUAGAUGAAGCUGUCCAUCAUAUAGAGAAAGCGGUGGAGCACUCUAGAAAGGAUCAUCCACAGCUUGCAGCCAGACUGACUGAUCUAGCAUCUGUGUUUCGUGACCGAUAUAUACACUUUAACAGGAUGGAGGAUUUGGAAGAAGCUAUUCGGGUGGCGAAACAAGCAAUGGAACUCACUCCCGUCGACCAUCCAGAACUGGCGGAGAGAUGGGACAGGCUAGGUGGAGUUUUGAUUGAUCGAUUCGAUCGAACUGGAAGGCUCGAGGAUGUAGAAGAAUCCAUCCGGUUACGGGAGCAAGCCGUCAUCGCCACGCCCCGGGACCAUCCAAAUCGAAAACGGUUUCUCAGCAGCCUUAGCAUGUCAUUGCUGCGACGUUACGAUCAAUUGAGAAGACUGGAGGAUUUGGAAGAAGCCAUUAAAGCCUUCUUGAAGUCAUUUAACUGCCACAAUGGAACCCCAAUAAGCCGUUUAACCUCAGCUUCAAAUGCCUUACUCUUGUUGCAAAAGCAGAAAGAUUGGCAUUUCGCCCGCAACAUAUCAAAGGAAGCUGUGAGACUCAUGACGCUUGUCAGCAACCGCACUCUUAGUCAGGCAGAUCAGCAGUGGUGUUUAUCGCACUUUUCGCAUCUUGCGGCCGAGUCGUGCUCAUUCUCACUUAGAGCGGGUGACAGUGCAGCCGAAGCCGUAGAGUUGCUCGAGCUGGGCCGGGGAGUGAUCCUGGGCUAUCUGAUUGACGAUAGGAGCGAUAUCUCAGAGUUGGCGGCUUCCUAUGCGGAACAAGCUGAGGACUAUGAUAAGCUUCGAAACGAAGUUAACGCUCCUCUUAUAGACACUGAAGAUUCGAGGAGUCGAAUUGCGAGAGUGAACCGACGUAUUGAAGUGAUACGCGAGCUGGACAAUUGCAUAGAGUCUAUCCGACGGUUGCCUGGGCAUGAGCGAUUCCUCCUUGGGCCUACACCGGAAGAUCUCAUGAAGCAAGCCGAAGCAGGUGUCAUCAUUAUAGUCAACGUCACUGAAGUCAGUAGCGACGCAAUCAUUAUUUCUGCGUCUGCUAUAACCGCUAUUGAGCUACAUGCACUAACGGCGUCCGAAGUGACAAAGUGGAUUCGACAGGAUUUAACUAGAUUUGCAUCCCGAGAAGAGUACGGGAGGAACAACAAGAAGUACCGCGAGUUUCUGCAAUGGUUGUGGACCAGUUGUGUCAAACUUGUCUUAGACCAGCUGGGAUUCAGCGCGAAACUUGAGCUGCAUGAUCUCCCUCGUAUCUGGUGGAUUGGUGUCGGUCUCGCCAGCUUCCUACCCUUUCACGCGGCUGGCGAUCAUUCUGCAGGGUCGGUGGAGAACACGCUCAGCAGAGUGAUUUCCUCUUAUACCCCGACUAUAAAGGCAUUAUCAUACUCAAGAGGGCGUGCUGCAACUGCACUGGGGACAGACAACGAUGACCUCAAACUCCUGCUUGUGACGAUGCCCACAACUCCAGGUGAGCGGCCACUCCCUGGAGUGACCAUGGAGAAAACAGCGGUACAAGCCGCAGUGGAAAGCUCCUUCUGGUUUCAGUCCCUAGUACAACCCGAUUCUGAGACUUUGCUACGCCGUAUGAGAACCUGCGAUAUCGUCCAUCUCGCCUGCCACGGGGUAUCAGAUCCAACUGAUCCUUCAGAGAGCUGCUUGUUGCUUCAGAAAUACCCAGAGUUUCAACGAUUGCCACAACUAGACAAACUCACUGUUAAACAAAUCUCGGAGGUGUCCAGAACCAAGGCUAGAAUUGCUUAUCUUUCAGCCUGUUCUACAGCGGAAAGUAAGGUCUUAGAAUUAGCAGAUGAAGCCAUUCAUAUAGCCAGUGGAUUCCAGGCUGCUGGUUUUGCACAUGUCAUCGGGUCUAUGUGGUCUUCGAGCGAUAGCAUCUGUGUUGAAGUCGCGAGGGAUUUCUACGCGCGGCUUAGAGACUGUGGUCAUCUCAACAACAGAGUCGUUGCAGCAGCUUUGCAUGAGUCGGUAUCGAGAGUUCGUCAGAAGUUGCUUAAGCAGCCUCUUGCUUGGGCGGGGUAUAUUCACUUGGGUGCAUGA